UGACUGAGUGGCUUUAUUUUAUUUUCCAUCUCUUCACUCCUUCAUUCAUGCACAUGACUCUUCAUCUUUCUCAACCAUCAUGAAUCAAGGAACCAACUGGUAUCGUCACAUGGGAGACGGAAAAAUAAGAAUGGGAAACAAUCACAAAAAGAAAAAGGAAAACAUCACAAGCUUUAAUGGCGGCGGCGCUAGCGGCGGCAACGGUGGUGGGAAUGAUAUUGCCGGACUUAUCUUGGCGGCGGUUGGUUUUAUAGCUGUUGUCACUUUUUCAAUCACCAAACAUAGAACCAAACCCAAACCCAAACCUCAAAAUUCAUUAGACCAAAAAUUUAAUAAGAGCAUAGAAGAUCACGAAAUUGAAACCAAUCAAGGUUUUCACGCGCUUCUUCAACCUUCAACAGCCACAACUAAAGACCAAGAUGUUGCACUAUGUGAGGCUAUAACCGAUGCGAAAAGCAUUAACCACACUUUUAUUGAGGAGGAUAAAAUUGAAAGUGUUUAUGAGACCAAAACCAUCAGUGAAGUGGUAUCAGAAACCUCCUUUCAUCAUGAUGAAAUUGUGUUAUCCGAUGAUUUCAACUCGGAAAGUGCUGUCUCUGAAGCGGAAAAGAUGGAUGAUGAUGAUGAUGAAGCUGCUUCAGAGAUUGUUACAGAAAAAAAUUGUUCGUGGAACACAAUACUAAAUACUGCCGAAAAGCAAGAUCUUAGUUCUAAGGAUGAGGGAGAGAAAAUUGAUAUGCAGAAUGAAGAACAUGGAGGAGAGAAAACAGACACUGAAGUUGCUGCUGCUGCUGAUGUGAUUGUGGAAGCUGAAACUGAAAUAACUUCUGAAGAAAAAGAAGGAAAUUUAGCUAUGGAGGUGAAUGAUCAAGAUCAUGAAUCAAUAUUGGUAUCAAACUCAAAUCAAUUUUCAUCUUUGCUUCUGCUGUUGCCAGGGUUGCUCUUGCUUCUAGUUCUACUUUUGCUUAUGCAUUUUACAAAAAAUAUAUUUUCUGCAAUAGGGCUAUAAUACUGAUAUAUGAAUUUCAAACCAACUUGUCAACAAUUUUCUUUUGCUUCUUAAGGCUCCAUUUGACUUCAAACAUUUUGAUGAA